AUGCAGCCGUGGCAGUCAACGGGGGGCCUCGCACUGCACUUAAGGAGCCACCCGAGGCCGGGAACCCCCGUCGCGCAGAGGGGCGUGUUGCCGCCUGGCGCUGCGGCAAGCGCGGCCGGCGCGGCGGAAGCCCUGCAGCCGCGGGGGAAGUUGGUUAUGGUGCCCGCACACCUCGUGGGGAAGAAGGCACCCAUGCCACUCCCGGCUGGCACGCCCGGCGGCUCGUCGACAACUAGUCGGCGGCACUCCCUAUCGGAGCACCCCGCGGCUAAACUGGCGAUGACCCCCCCGUUGCCGCCGAUGCAGGCCUUCCCUGGGCCCAGCCGAGGCCCCGCCAGCUCUUCGGCCGCGUCUGUGAGUUCACGUGCGCCUUUGGCGCAGCACGCCAAAAAGCAAAUGGUCCCGCUGUCGAAUGUGCAGCGCGAGGCAGCUGGGCAACCUCGGGCAGAGGCGAGAGUCCUGCUGGAGCACGCACCACCGGGUUCCCACGGCGUUGUGUCCCCGCGCCCAUUCUCCGCGCCACCAACGGGUGGAGUUCAGCCCGUGCAGCAAGCAUUUCUGCAGGCGCAAUCCGCCGGAGCCCCGCAGCCGCUCUCCUCUGGUAGCCCUGGGAAGAAGCACAGAUCGGGCGGCAGUCUUUUGGAGAACAUGACUUUGUUCUUCAGGGGGAAGACCGGCAAGAAACCGUCAGCUGAACGUGCGGCGCCGAGGAAAAGCUACGCCAAGGGUGGAGCUCUCCCAGUAGAGCCGCGGCCGGGCGCAGGAGCGGCGCAGGCGUCCCGGACGGCGGCAGCUGCUGCUGCUGCUGCUGCUGCGACUCCAAUUUUAGACCAGAGCGCGGCUGGCCGCGCAGGUGGGGAGCAGUUCCCCUCGUGGAAAGGACCCCCGCAACAACAGCAACAGCAACAACAACAACGACAACAACUUUAUCCGACGUCGACUUUCGUCGACGGCGAUGGGCGCGCCACGGCGCAGCACCCAGGCGAUAGACCUGGUCUGUCCCCCCUUCCCACACUCGCGGUAGAAACGCAGCGGGCGACGCCGGUGAGUCCUACAGUCACCCCUCUCGUCGUUUCACCCACCGUGAGCCUGCGCAACGAGGCCGGGGAGGCCGGGAUUGCCCCGUCCUCCUCAGUGCAGGUCGCCAAGGAGGGUGAGGAGGUCCAACGUCGCUCGCAGCAGGCAAGACGUGUGGCCUUGUUUCCCUCCUUUGCCAUCGUCGACAGCGACGAGGAUUCGGAGGGCUCGGCGGAGACAAGUCAGCGCCCAAAUGAGACAAGGCCGCCGCUGGAAGCCGACGCCGGUGCGCAGGCCGCGGCGGAAGCCCCGCAGGCGCCGGAGGAGGCGCGGCGCGACCCCUCCUCCUCCUCCGCUGGCGCGCCUUCCCCGUCCAGCCAACUGGUGACCCAGCAAGGCAAGGACGAGGAGACCAGCGCGCAGACGGCGAGUACGCGGCUUCACGUCGCCUCUGACGGGCCUCGGGUGUCGCCAGAGGCGGCAGUGGGGAAAACCGAUGCGAAGCCGCCGAAGGGAAUGCGGCAGCCCGUUGCCGCGGUGCCGGUGUCGAGUGGGCCGCCGCCACGGCAGACGAGCACGGCUGGCAGCUACCUACAGAAACCCGAGAUACGGCAAAUUAGGCUGCCCCAGCAGACGGAUACCUCCUCCACUUCAUCUACUGGAACCACGUCUUGCAGCAUGAGCCAUCACUCAGAUGUGCGCGGGCGAGGGGCACAGCAGGAAGAGGAGGGGAAAGCGGAAGGAGGUGAGGAAGACCUCAGCCAGAGUCGUCGCAGGACGCUGCCUCCCGCGCGAAAACCAUCCUCUCCUGUUGGCUCUCGCAAACCCUCUGGAAACGACAAGGCGGGGGGUACUGAUAAGAAUGCUGCUGCUGGCAAGGAGGAAGGCGGCCGCAGGGACGACGAGGCUGUGUCUCGCGGGCGAGAUGUGUGUGCCGCCAAUGGCGCUCACGACAAUGGGCGGUGGCGGCAGCAAAUUGACAGGCGGGGCAGUGAGAACGAGGCCGAUGGAGAGCGAAGGAAGUUGCUUUCGCCGCCUUCCUCCCGGUCACUACACUCCCAUAUUUUCCACACCCAGGACGUAUACAAGCUGUACCAAGAGCUUAAGCGACAGCAGCACGCAAUGCGGCGUGAACGCUUCUCACGCUGGAGGGCGCACGACACCGCAUUGCCGGAGGCGUACUCACGAACGCAUCGUCGCAUCGGUGGGCGCUCGCCGGCGCAGUCGCGGGGCGCGCGCCAGCCUUGGCGCAGCUCCUCGUUUCACCCGAGCCCUCUGCCCCCUGCUUCUCCGCUGCGCCGUCCGCUGGGCUGCAUAGGCGUCGGCGUCGGCUAUGUUCCGUCUGCGGGUGGGGAGGCGUCGGAUGUGGAGGCCGUCUGCAACGAGCCCUAUGCCUCGAGCAGGCGGUGCUCCCCGUAUCGCUCCCUGCUGCCCUCAAGGCUGGCUUCGCAGCAGCGCGCCGGAACACCCCCUGCCCAGCGCCGGCCGUGGUCUCAGCAGUGUGAAACUCGCGAGUACUCGCCGAAUCACCCAUACGAGGUGGUGUCGCUCUUCCCGCCGCGCAACUUUGAUGAGUCCCACAGAGGCGACACGUCCGCCAACGCGGGUGUCCGUGGCAACGGCACCGUCGACGCCGGGCGCGCCAGCGGCGGUGGGGACAACACGCCUCUGCGGGUACACGCGGCCCUGGGUGGACACGGCGCGAACGCGGCCAACUCACGCGGAGGACCAAAGGCGGAUGUGACGACGACCGCGCCGCACGCCUCUCUGGAGAAGAAGGGUGAAACGACCCCACAGAGCCCGUCUCCGCGGCACCCAAACCACCACCACCAGCAGCAGCAGCAGCAGCGGGGUGCGUAUGGAGGGCGCCCCGCCUCAGCAACACCGCGACGGCAGCGAGGCAAUUCGUGUGUGAGGCCAAGUGUUGGCAGCUCCUCUCCCCACGCACGCCGACCACAAAGUCGCUCUGUGGUGCGGGACCUCACCGUGCGGAGCCUGCGACGCUGCUGCAGUGAGGGCGGCAGUGCCGGAUACCAGGUACGCACCACGGGCUGGAGGGCGAACAUGACAAACACCGGCCAGUGGCUAGACGAGGUGGUGGCGGCGACCUUGGGCGGGGAGCGUGCGGGUAGUGCGGCGUCGCGCGCCUUGGCUGGCCGCCUCCCAGUCCCUGUUGUGGAUCUUCGCACAGACUUUAAACCCUGCCUAGACCCUCCGCUGAGAGCGGGGGAGGUGAUUGGAGGGGAACCGAACCGCCGCGUUCGGCGCGGUGUGAACUACAGUGCCUCUACAAACCGCAGCAACGCCCACACGAAGGGCAGCGGAGCACCGCAGCAAGGGGCGGCGUCUCCGCACCGCCGCGGCCAGGCACGAUCCACCUCGCCGCGGCGCACCCCAGACGACGCCGCGGCGACGGCGCGUUCUUCGCAGCAGCGCCGCAUCGUCGAUGUACCGCCGUUUCCGCCGCUGAAGAUGUACUCUUCCUUCGACGUCAAGGAGCCGGAUCGACCCUCGGCGUGGGCUGUUGGGCCGGAGCGGAGUAACCUGCUGGCGGACUCUCCCACGGCGCGCCGCCGCAUAGUCAAGCGGACGCACAGCGGCGAGCAGUGCGAGGCCGCUGCCGCCAGUGACGGAGGCCGUCCUGUGGCAGGCGACGCCACCGCCGGAAGGAGGGGUCGGAGCGUGGUGCUUGUGGAGGAGGUGCGCUUAGAUGAGCAGCGGCGCCCGUACGUAGUUAUCCGUGAGGUGCCCCGCGGCGCCGCCGCGGUGGAGGCGCAGAAAACGUCCGUCAACCGGCUCUCCAGGCCGCGGCCCGUGUACGUCCGUCCUGGCAACGGGGAUGCGCGAUGA